AUGAAUGAUGACGUCGCUUCCAAUGAAGAGAACCCUAGGCCUAUAAUUGUUAUUAAGAGUCUAGAUGGCGACGAUGUUUAUGAAGGAGAUUACACUAGAGAGGAUGUUAACAUUUACACAUUUUUCUCUGUUAUCCUCGGAAACAAGAUUGCUCUCACAAGGGGUAGUGGGAAGGUUGUGGAUAGUGGUCUGGAUGAUACUAUCUUCAUCUACUAUACUGAUCAUGGUGGCCCAGGAAUGCUCACCAGCCCUUUUCUAUAUGCUGAUGAACUAACGGAUGUCUUCAAAAAGAAGCACGUGUCUUGGACCUAUAAAAGCUUGGUGUGCUACCUUGAAGGUUGUGAAUGGGGUGGUAUUUUUGAGGGCCUUCUUCCAGAAGGUUUAAACAUCUAUGCAACAACAGCAGCUAAUGCAGAAUAG